UUUUUUUUUUUUGAAGUUUCAAAUCAAGGGCAAUUUAAAUUAGAUCUUUUGUUCCGCUGCAAUCAAAAGAUCUAAUUUUGAUUAAAUUGAAAGCGUAUUUUUACUAUUCAUGAAUAAAUUGUAUAUUAUCAUGUAUGAUAAAUCCUAAACCCUCUUGUUUCAAUCACUUGGAACGUAUUUAUCAAUCCAGUGUUUGAAAUCGGUUUACAUACAGUCCUCGAAUAAUUAUAAUUACACAAAUACAAUAUAUCUUCAAGUCUAUUCCCUGACAAAAUCGGAAAAGGAGCCUUAUGUGGAUGAUGUUCAAAUGCAUAUUGUUGCAUUUCAGAAACAUGUCGCAGGCCGUUGCGACUCCCUUGACAAACCCCAAAACGGGGACAGAUUUUCUGGCCUCCACUAACUUUAAAGUGGCCCAGGACAUGUCGGUAUUGGAUGAAUCAAUGCAGAGUAUCUUCAAGAGAGACUAUCCGUCCUAUCCACACUAUGGCCGCGAGAAAGAGUCCGAACGACCGAAACUGGGCGAGGUAAUGACGAGGGACGAUAAAUUCUUCAGUGAUAAAGCCUCUGAAACAGUGCGAGCAUUUGAGUACCGCUAUCUACCGAAACCGGUUGCUUUAGAUGACAUCCAUCAAAAAUUACGAUCAACUAACUUCAAGAUGGACACUGAUGUGAACAAAGUAAAUGUUUUUGAGACCAUGCACACCUCAUAUUUCAAACCCAAGAUAACCCCCUCCUUCCAGCGUGUGGAACCGGCGACAACCACAUCUGUCAGUCAUAUUCCGCAGGGAGAUCCCCAGAAAGCACACGAGCCGUGUUCCGACUACCGCGACAGGUUUAUGGGUCACGAUACAUCAAUACACGUGACACGCAGAGCACCAUCAAUGCAUGAAGGUGGGCCGCCCACAGUAAAGGGAGACGAUCGCUUGACAAACUUUAACACUUCUCACGGCGAUCAGUUCCAGGGGACAUGGGAGAAGCCGGUGCAGACAUUGCCAGCUCCAUACGGAUACAAUAUACCUGUGGGGGAUCCCGACAAAGUGACAAUUAACAACACCACCAUGCAGGCUACCUUCCCCUAUAUCAGCGACAAGAGUGACGUCAAGCCGUAUUCCAAAUCCGCGGUCAGCGCUUACCUAGGUAAAACCAACUUCAAAGAGAAGGACGGACAUGGAAAGUACAAUGACUACCUGAGUACUGCUAGUGUUUCAUUCCAGCCAGGGUCAACCACGUUUGAGAAAUUCCGUCCAGGAAAACAUCGUAACCACAGCGAUUUCCCAGAGGGUGACUUGGAUGAAUCCAGGGUCACAGAUCGGGUCAACAUGACGACGUCGCGAUUUUACCAUGGCAACCCACCCUUGGGGCUUCACAAUAGGAUUAUCUCGGGCGCCAAUUUAAGGACAAAGAGCAACGUCCAGUUUGAGGAGCCACCAUUGACAAAAACGUUCUACAAUGCUACCACUCACAGCACGUACCAGCCCGCGGACGUCCCCUACACGUAUGAUCGGACCAAGUUCCACACGGAGACCAAUAUACCUAUGGAUUAUUACGACAAGAACGAGGUGAAACACACGUCAUCCUUUUCUGACUACAAAGACCCCCGUAUCGGGAGAAUAAACAUGCACAAACCCGCUUUGGAAAAUUUAAAGAUGUCCCACAUUCUACCCCCUCUCGGAGGGUCUCAACUCCACAAUACCACCCACCAGGUGAUGUUUACUCCAAAGACGUCAGAAAAAUAUGUUUACGACCCUCAAAGGCUUCAGAAGAGUUCCGUGCCCCUGGGAACGAUGAAAAUUGUCUAGGAGUUGUCUAUCUUUGUGAAUUUGUAGACGAGUCUACAAAUGUCAGCUGUCAGAUGUAUAUGAUCUAGCAUUAAGUCGAAAAAUUGAGCAUUUACACCUUCAGAUUUAUUUGAUUAACACUUGCAUAUUAUCUAUCUUGUUAAAAAUAGCGAGGAAAAAAUAUUCACCCAUUUAUCCGAUGAAACGCCGCUUCUCAAAAAAUUAAUGUUAGAUGUUUAUUGAAAUUUUAAAGUAUGUAUUCAUAAAAUUCUUAUCUAAUUGAAAUCAAAUAUAGCAAGAUUUAAGCAAAUUAAGUAUACUAAAAAACAUUCUUUGAUUUUUCUUUUAUCGACUAGGCUAAUGGAUAUGAUCUUUUCUGUAUAGCACUCGAAAUUCCGUAGCCUAUCUAUCAACAUUACAAUUAUUGUUGUAAUAAAUUGAAAUUGAAUAGAAGUUGAAUGUUUUGACCUACAAGUUUAAUUAAAAAAAAUAAAACGCGGUACGUUCAUUUAUGUUGCAUAUUUUCUAUAUGACUAUUUACCCACCACAGUAUUACAGACAGACCUCUUGCCAGACAACAUAUUUGACACCACAAUUUUAUUCGUAAAAUAUCAGUAUUAAUUAUGAUUUUUAACAUAUACGUGCUAAAACUGUCAAAUGACAUUGUAUCAUUAUUGCUGAAAUUAUAUAUAUGCAUAAUAUAAACCGUAGCAGUAUUAUGGAAGAUUGUUAUUUGUUUAAUGAAUAAAAAAAAGUGCCGUGUGUUGUUGCUGAUUUCUGUGAAUUUUUUUUGUUUUGUUUAUUUUUUUCUUCCACGCAAAAUAUACAUACAAUUGAAAUGUAAUGAGCUUGUGAUAAGAAACAUUUUGAUCUUUCCUUUAAUCGUUUGGCAUAGAUUUUUAAAGUCUCAAUUUUUUUUUUUUUACCUUGCCUUUACCAAUUUGAAAUAUUGUCCUGAGCUGUUAAUUGUUAUACAAUAUGUUUGUUGCGUGUUCACCUUGGCGUUAAGCGUAUAUAAUUAAUUAAAUUAUAUUUCAUUGAC